AUGGCCCGGCCCGGGGGUUAUGGAGGAUUCAGCAACGAAACCUAUGCGAACGGAAAUGGGAACGGGAAUGGAAAUGGAGGGGGUUAUGGGGCACCGAUCAGAGAAACAGGCGACUACGAUCUAUACAGUGGAGGCUACGAAGAUCGCUAUGGCGCUACUCCAAUAAAGCUGCCCUCGACUCCGGCUGCUAGAAGCGCAUUUGCCCGCCCUCCGCGGCUUGGGCCAGAAAGCAAUGCAGAGAAGCAAAUAGGAGAGGUGCUAGAACACAUUAAGGCAGAAUGGCCGGCUAUGUGCCAGAACGAAUGUGUGCCUGUCCAUGUUGCGCUUCAGCUACUAGAUACCAGCUCCGUUGGACGAGCCCACGAGUACCGACAAUUUGAAAAGACACAUCGGUAUCUGCAGGACUCUUUAAAAGCUAUUGUUCAUGAGCACCAUCAAGGCUUCAAUAGUUCGAUUGGUACAUUUCACAAGAUUCAAUCGAGCAUACAGACUUCGCAGAAAAGGGUUCGGACACUAAAGGAAUCUUUGACACAAUCAAAAUCGAAUCUCUCUACAACGGACCCGGAGCUAAAGAAGUUGGCGACAGCAUCACAAAGUUAUGAAGAUUUAAUACACAUGCUCUCGGAGAUUGAGGAUCUACGACUGGUACCAGAUCAGCUAGAAGCGCGGAUAUCUGAAAAGAGAUUCAUGACUGCGGUUGACAUAUUGCAGACAGCUCUUCGACGGAUAAGAACACCAGCGCUGGAUGAAAUAGGGGCUUUAAGUGAUCUGAGAAGCUAUCUGGAAAACCAACAGACUGCUUUAACCGAUAUCCUUAUUGAAGAGCUUCAUGACCAUCUAUACCUCAAAUCACCAUAUUGUCAGGAACGAUGGCAGAGCUUGGCAAAGGGCCAAGGUAAGCCAGGCAAAGAGGUUCCCGAAAGGGCAGCCUCUGUUCGGCCUUUCUAUGAAGUAAUAGACGACAUGGAUCUCACUCAAGUUAUGGUGGAAGAUCCAUCCAGGAACCCAGAGGCGGACACAUUUUAUUACAUCAGUUUGCUGGUAGAAUCUCUGAACAAACUUGGCCGCCUCGAAUCUGCCGUAAACACGAUCAAGCAGAGACUCCCUGUGGAGCUUUUUGGAAUUGUAACUGAGACCAACAGUGAGGUUGAUCAGAAGCACCCAAGUUCUUUGAGAGGUGGGCUUUCAGACUCACAUGGGAAUCAGGCCUUCGGGAGUCGGGAGAAUAGUGUUCGAGCAGAUGUUAUUUAUGACUUGCUCUGGACACUUUAUGCCAAAUUCGAAGCCAUCGCGGAAAGCCACAGGGUCUUUCAUGAUGUUGUAAAAGCCAUUUUGAAGAGAGAAGGUGACAGGGACUCAUCGAUGCUGCUGGGUGGGUUCAGAGAACUAUGGAAUUUGUACCAGAACGAAAUUCGGUCGUUGCUGCACAACUACGUUACCACUGAUACAGAUGUCUACCAAUUCAAUACUUCGCCCAAAAUUGGGGGUCCUAAACAAGACUCAAACCGAGAGCAGCUAUUCUCAUUCUCGGAUGCCGAUUCGAAGUCGGUCCAGAUGACUACGGAGUAUCAAGACCUAGAGGGCAUAAUCAGAGCUGCCGUUCCCGGCCUCAUGUCAAGCCGGAAGCACGUCGCGGAUGGAAAGAAAGCCUCUGGCAGAGCUGAAGAGGUAAACGGACGGCGUGAAGCAAUCACGUCGGUCUACGAUAAAUCUGGUGGUAUCGGAGCUCACAAAUCAUUAGUCGAGCCAAGUGUCUUCAAUAUGAGCCUCCUCUUACCUCCCACCCUGGGGUUCUUACAAAGGCUGAAGAACAUCGUUCCACCUGGAUCGGAUCUGGCCACGAGCACUUUGACCUCUUUUCUCGACAAUUUUCUCGUCAAUGUAUUUCUUCCUCAGCUUGAUGAGACUCUUGGGAAUCUCAGCGAUACAGUGUUUGAGGAGUCGGACUCGUUCCAGCAAGAUCCUCAGUGGACCAAGAUUGCUCGACGGCCUGUGUUUAAGGGCACUUCGGCUUUCUUUGCUCUAAUCACUGCCUUUUGCCGAAUGUUGGGUACUAUACCUCACGAUCAAGCCCUCAGUUCACUUAUCGUCACUCAAAUGAUGCGUUACUACGACCGAUGCUAUGACUGGUUCAGAUCCUUAGUCUCACGUGUUCGGGAUUCGGAUGGACCAACCUUGAAGCUGUCAGCGCUAUUGGCAAGUGGGCCGGACGAGAUAUACGAAACGAUGCAGAGGCUCUGGACAUCUGAGGAGAAAGACCGAGAUCUGUUGGAAAAAGAAACCGGUCUGCUCAUAAUCAAGACCAAUGAGACGCCACUGCGUUUAGACGACAUCAUACUCGAUCGUGAGACGAUUUCUUCCUUGUGUGUACUUUACACUAGCAUGAAAUGGCUCGCCAUCAAGGUCGAUCAACUUCGUCACAUCACUCGCAACGAUAUCGACUCUUCCCGGACAACCAUGCAGAAGCCGAUCAAAAGGCGAUGGACUCUUGUCAAUGACGCGGCAAGGGGUCAAGACAACCGAGUCUCUGUCUACUUGCCAAUGACUCAAGAGACAGUUGUUGCCUUCGAUUCGGUAGUCUCUUCCUACCAGGAGCUUGCCGGGACAGCGCUCCUCACACUGCACAUGGAAAUUCGCUGUCAAAUCAUCCACUCCCUCGCCAUCGCCCUCUCCCCAGAAUCAGCACCCUACCUCCUCGAACAAGUUGUCAAUGACCCCGAUCCCCGCAUCCUCGCUCUGAACGCCGAUCUCGUCUCGUACGAUGAAACCAUUACCAACUUCCUCCGCGAAAGGGAAAUCUCCUUCAUCCGCACCGGUCUCGGGCUCCUGAUCGACACGUUUCUCGUGACGAACGCCAGCAUGGUGAAAGCCAUGAAUGCAAACGGUUGCGGGAGAAUGCAGCUCAACAUUCUCGUUCUCCAGCAGAAUCUAAAGAAUAUCGAAGCAGAUGUCAAUCUUGACCGCGCAUGCAAAUUUUAUGACCUGUUCACCGCAGGCCCCGAUGCUAUUGUCAAGCAUGCCAACGACGAGAGAGAUUCCGGGAUCAAAGAAAAGGGGAUUAAGGAGCUAUUUAGCUUGGAGGAGUUGAAGAUGUUGAUGGAACUAUGUUACAGCGAACAGCUGAAUAGUCCUGAGAGGGGCACCAGUACGGUUGCGACGAGAGGCAUGAAUGAGCAUCAACUGUCGUUAAGUGAGACUAUGUGGGAUAGCUAG